AUGAGCCUCGACUCGAAAGCACCUGAUAUCUACGCACCUGCGACAUCUCCAUCCUCAUCUUCAUCCUCAUCCUCAUCGUCGCCGUCAUCGUCAUCGUUCCGCGGCGAUCAUCGCAAUGAUGCAACACAAUUAAACAAUGAACAAGAUACCGGGUCGAGACACAUAUUGCAACAAUUCGUGAGCAGAAGAAGUACUUCGUCGGAGUCGCGCGCAAUGGACAUGGCCGCAGGUUCUGCGGUCGUCCCGGUGGAUGAUUAUGAGCAUGAGACGCGGCCGCCGUAUCUUCACUCCAUGAUAGCAGGUGGCAUCGGCGGGKCAUCCGGCGAUAUGCUCAUGCACUCCCUCGAUACCGUCAAAACCCGCCAGCAAGGCGAUCCCCAUAUACCGCCCCGAUACGGUUCAACGUCAGCAUCAUACAUUAAAAUCCUUCGUGAGGAAGGGUUUCGAAGAGGUUUAUAUAGUGGCGUGAGUCCGGCGUUGAUGGGAUCGUUUCCGGGCACGGUGAUAUUCUUUGGGACGUAUGAGUGGUCGAAGAGGCAUAUGAUUGAUUCGGGAAUUAAUCCUACGUUAUCAUAUCUUUCUGCUGGGUUUAUUGCCGAUUUGGCUGCUUCGGUGGUCUAUGUACCGUCCGAAGUCCUCAAAACACGUUUGCAACUCCAAGGUCGAUAUAAUAAUCCCUACACCAAGUCUGGGUACAACUACCGAGGAACGACAGAUGCAUUUCGAACAAUCGUGCGAACAGAAGGCUUCGGCGCCAUGUUUUCGGGAUACAAAGCUACCAUCUUCCGCGAUUUGCCGUUUUCUGCGCUACAAUUCGCGUUUUAUGAGCAGGAACAGGAAUGGGCGAAGAAUUGGAUUGGAUCCAGAGAGAUUGGACUGCCGAUGGAAAUCCUUACGGCGACCACGGCGGGUGGUAUGGCGGGUGUCUUGACGUGUCCGUUGGACGUGGUUAAGACGAGGAUUCAGACACAGCAGAAUCCUGAUGCUUUACCCAAGAAGAGUUCGACGCAGGCUUCGAUAUCAUCGAAGAAGGACAGUCGGCCCCAUGCACAACACAGCCAGCAUACGUCAUCUUCAACAAUACCGUCUUCAUCAUCUAGCAAAACACAUUCACGACCUAUAUCGACUUCAUCGCCGUCGACAUCUACACCUCAACCUGGCGCUCCCAAUCUACACACAUCGUCCGUCUUCACAGGACUCAGACUCAUUUAUAAAACCGAAGGACUGGCCGGCUGGUUCCGUGGUGUCGGGCCACGAGCGGUCUGGACCAGUGUCCAAAGUGGCACGAUGCUGGUUAUGUAUCAGUAUCUGCUGAAGAAGUUGGAGACUAUGUCGGAGUCUGAGGCGGUGCCGGUCAUUUAA